AACCAUGGAAGGCUGAAAACAAGCAGCUUACCGCCCGAGUAGAUCAUCUUAGCGUGCUUUCCGAAAAAAGCAAUUUCGCCAAUUUAUACACCCACAAUAGAGACGGUUUAGUAGCUCUGUUAAAGAAUUCACUUCAGCAGUUUAUCUGAAAAGUUUGCGCUGGCUAGAAAGUCGUUCGGUAAAAUAGGAGAUGCAACAAAAGGAAAGCUAUUCCAUUUGGAGAGAGAGAGAGAGAGAUGCCAACCUAGAAAUGGUGGCGCUGCCGCUGCAACAGGGGCUGUGUCUCUCUGCCAAAGAGCAUCUCGGAACGGCAAGAGCCUUCUGUCUACAGAAGCUUCCUGGCAGAGUCCGAUUGGCAUCCAGGAAGCCGGCCAUGAAUGUCAGAUGUGGAGAGUCUUCAGGACAUAGAAAUGGUAUAGGCGAUAGUGAUGGGAUCAUCAUUGUAGACCAUGGUUCCAGAAGCCAAGAUUCCAAUCUUAUGCUCAAUUCAUUUGUGGCAAUGUUUAAAGAGAAAACUGGAUAUGCUAUCGUGGAGCCUGCUCACAUGCAGGAACUGGCAAAGCCAUCAAUAGAGGAUGCGUUCUAUGUCUGUGUUCAACAAGGGGCAAAGCGGAUCAUUGUAAGCCCUUUCUUCCUCUCUCCAGGGCGGCACUGGAAGCAGGACAUACCCAACUUGGCUUCUGAAGCUGCAAAGAAUCAUCCUGGUAUCUCUUUCAUGGUAACAGCACCUCUUGGUCUACAUGAGCUGCUGGUGGUGAGAAGCUGAUCUCCUCCCAUUUCCUAAUCUCUCCUAGGACAUCAUGAAUGACAGAAUCAGAUACUGUUUGAGUCAUGUUGCUGGGUAUGCAGAUGAAUGUGCAUAUUGUCGCGGCACAGGAAAAUGCCGUGAAAUUUCUAUGUAAGCUUAUACCUUAUGUACUAUUCUGUAAUAUGAUCUCUUGGAAGCAACACAAUAAGUUUGUGCUAUAGGAUGGUAGUCCUCUAUGAGCUGAUCUCUCUGAAUAUACUGUUUUCAUUUAUGAAAGAAUCAAGUAGCAGAGGCAAAAAACCAGUGCAAUAAUUUCUAUUUGUUUGUGAUGGUGAUUUUAUAAUGUGUUACUUCUUGUUCUCACUUCCUUAGUUUUGUAAUUAAACAGAUAAAUCUUUAAGUAGCAAAAGCAACACAUCCAGGUGGUUCACUUUUAAA